AUGGCCGAGGGCGAGGGCGCUGGCGGAGUCCAGGGCGACCUGGAAAAGGAACUGACGUGCUCGAUCUGUACCGACGUGCUCUACCAGCCGCUCACGCUGCUCGACUGCCUGCACACCUUCUGCGGCGCCUGUCUGAAGGAGUGGUUCGCCUUCCAAGCCUCGACCGCCACGUCGAUACACCCGUACACCUGCCCCUCGUGCCGGGCCUCGGUGCGCACCACACAGCCCAAUGCCACCGUCACCACGCUGCUCGACAUCUUCCUCAAGGCGAACCCCCAGAGCGGCAAAAGCGCCCAAGAGAAGCAGGCGGACCGCGACAGAUACCGGCCAGGCGACAAUGUGCUACCCAAGCUCAGGCGCCGGGAUGAGCGCGAUGACACCCAUCAGCGCAUGCUCGAGGCAGCUCAGCAGCCGAGUCUGAGGGACGCGGGCAUCGCAAGCAGCAGGAGGGCCAGCCGGGAGCCUCGGAGAGAGCGCACAACAAGGGAGCGAAGCCGCAACGGGAGGCGGUCUGCCAGCCAAAAUCCGCCCGGCGCAUCCCCGUCCAGGGCCGUCAUACCGCCCCGCGCCAUCGAGCACCAGUCCAGCCUGCGCUCUCUGCUGAGCGCCUCGGACCUCGACGCAGAAGACGUCGACGAAGAUCUCGUGCGCCAGGUGCUGGAGGAGCUCGUGUCCGAGGGCGUCGACCUGAACCAGAUUGGCACUGCGCAGGAAGACGAGAUCACCGAGAGGAUAGCCGAGGCUGUGCGACGGCGGCAGGCAGAGCGACAUGCCGAAAGACAGCGCGAGAGGAGGGAGAGGCGGGAGCGUCUGGACGACGAAGCUGCGCGCAGGAGAAGGCAUGGACGUUCCGAGACGAUCGUCAAGCCAGGGCAGCUCUCGAUCCGCCACGAGGGUAGAGCGCCCUGCACCUGGCUCGGCUCCUGCAAAUCCGGCGACCGGCGACUGUCAUUCAUCAUCGGAACUCGCUCGUCCAAGGCCACGGCGACAGUCCGAAAAUCAGCAGAGAAAUAG